ACUGAGGAGACCAUUAUAGUCAAUUAUACAGGCAUCUCCCCCCACCCCACUGCAUCUUUUGUCUGCGGAGUAAUGACGCACCCAAACCUGUGCUUUCUUCCUCUAUAAAUCCUGGGUUCCCCCUGCUUUCUCGGGGAUCAGACAUCCAGGAACUGAAGACAGAUUUCAAGAUGUGGAGCUCCCGGCCUGUGCUCUGCCUUUCUUUUCUGCUCUGUGGGCUGCUUGGAGAAUGCUUUGGAACUGCUCUUGUGCCCAAGGACAAACGCGGUUGGACCCUGAACAGCGCUGGAUACCUGCUAGGACCCCCACUUCUCCCCUUCCACUCUCCUCUCCCCAAAGCAGAUGCUCACCAGACACUGUCCAAUAAAGGAGGCCUGGGUGGUAAGCGAGAUGCUAUGGAGGACUUGUAUUCUCUAGGGCAGGAUUCCUUGGUGCAUGCUGUGCACUCCUCAGAUGACAGCAUCUUCCAACACCUGAUGGAUUUUCUCUCCUACCUGAACCUCCAAGGUGCGGACAGAUGCCAGGUUCUCUGGGAGCAGAGGGUGUUUCUAGGGAUAGUAAGAUGGGAAACCUGGUUCUGAAUCUUCUCAGGCGAAGGACCAUAGGUCAGGGUGCCUCCAGUCCAGAUGACCAGUAUUUGGGAGGAGGAAUUCAGGCACAUACCAGAAUUUUAGGUUUGCAGAUUUAAAGCAAAUUAGGGGGCUCUAUUGCCUUUGUGCAACAAGUCCAAUUUGGAAAAAAAGAAAGAAAAGAAAUAGACUAUUUGUAGUUAGGAAAGUGAUGGGGAAAUGCACUGAGGAGUGUGGAAUGAGCAAAUGAUUAACAGAAGAGGUCUAAGCACCCUACAAGCAAAUCAGGGUAAAGACAGAAUGAAUGCUCCUCAUUGUAUAUAUAACCUCCUUUGUAAACAAAACAGA